CCAGCCCCAAGCCCUCCGCGGGCACAACCCGCCCCGGGGCGGGGGGGGGCCGGUCGCUCCGUGCCUACGGAAGGGGGCACGGUGCCUUCUUUGGGACGCGAUGGCUUAUUUGGUGUGGGGUGGAUGGCUUAACUUGGGGAAUUUUCCAGCUGGUAAUUUCUGCUGCGUCAACACCCAGCUCAAGGGAGAGGAGCAGAGACAAGGGGGCAUUUUAACAGCAGCUCCACUUGCGAAUAGCCAAGCCUCAAUCCCGGCUCCAGCAUUCAAACCCUUUCCCCCCCCCCCCAAAAAAAAACCCAGCAUCCGUGCAAGUUGGACCAAGAGUUUGUCAGGAGCGUGGUUCCAAACUGCUUGGGAUAAAGGGAUGAGGACGUCUGGUGAGCCCUUUGGAGGUUGUCAGCAGAGCCCAUUCUCCUCUCUUCAUUAAAACAUGCACUCUCCAGCUGUGAAACAUCGCGACAUUUGUUUUUGCUAACAGGAAACAUUUUCAACUGUUGUUCUGUCCUUCUCCUGCAAGAGGUCCCAGCAGUGAUAUCGGAAGGUCAAAGACUGGUGCACUACCUGUGCUGCCCUAGGGCUGUUGAUGUCCUCAGCUGCUGUAGGAGAAACACCAGACCUGGAACCCAGUUUGUUACUGGACUUGUGGAAGAGGAAACACAAAGAUUUCCAGAUGAAUAACCGCAAGGAAGAUAUGGAGAUCGCGUCCCACUACCGGCACCUGCUGCGGGAGCUGAACGAGCAGAGGCAGCACGGCAUCCUCUGCGACGUCUGCAUCAUAGUGGAGGGGAAGAUAUUUAAGGCUCACAAAAACGUUCUGCUUGGGAGUAGUCGUUACUUCAAAACACUCUACUGCCAGGUACAGAAAACCUCUGACCAGGCCACUGUCACCCACCUGGACAUCGUGACUGCACAAGGCUUUAAAGCCAUCAUUGACUUCAUGUAUUCUGCACACCUCGCGCUGACCAGCCGCAACGUCAUCGAGGUGAUGUCAGCUGCGAGUUACCUGCAGAUGACAGACAUUGUCCAGGCCUGUCACAACUUCAUCAAAGCAGCUCUUGACAUAAGCAUAAAGUCUGAUGCUUCAGAUGACCUCGUUGAUUAUGAGCUUGGAGCCCCCUCCAGCAGCAGUACGGAUGCUCUGAUUUCAGCAGUGGUGGCUGGCAGGAGUAUAUCUCCCUGGUUAGCGCGGCGCACGAGCCCUGCGAACUCGUCUGGAGACUCAGCCAUUGCCAGCUGCCAUGAAGGAGGGAGCAGCUAUGGCAAAGAGGAUCAAGAACCAAAACCAGACGGCCACGAAGACAUUUCAUCCCAGUCUCUUUGGUCUAGUGACAUGGGCUAUGGCUCUUUACGGAUCAAGGAGGAACAGGUUUCGCCGUCGCAUUACGGAGGGAGUGAACUGCAUUCUGGCAAGGAUAGUGCAAUACAGACUGUGUUCUCAGAGCAAGGAGUAGGGGAUGGCUGGCAGCCCACGGGACGCAGGAAGAACAGGAAAAACAAAGACACUGUGAGGCAUAUCACACAGCAAGUGGAGGAGGACAGCAGGGCAAGCUCUCCAAUGCCAUCGUUCUUACCUGCUUCAGGAUGGCCCUACAGCAGUCGAGACCCCAGUGCUGAGGUGCCGGUGCCGGAGCCCAGCAGCUCUGACAGCAGAGUGGAGGAAGCGCUCCUCACCGGGGAGGGCACGUACAUCCCGCAGCCGCUGACGCCGGAGAAGGAGGAUGUGCUCCAGGCUGCCACCGUGGCCAACCUGCGCGCGGCUCUCAUGAGCAAGAACAGCUUGCUGUCCCUGAAAGCCGACAUGCUGGGAGAGGACAGCUCUCUGCUCUUCGAGUACCUGCCCAAAGGCACCCACUCCCUCUCCCGGCCUGGCACCAACUUGAAUCAUCCAAGGGGCGAAAGUGAUGGCAAAGUGGAAGCACCAUCUCCCCCGCUGCCUUCAUCACACCUUGCCACUCAGAGCCCCCCCGAGGCCUGCUCCUCUGGUGGCAUGUCACCAGAAACCAUGGCAAAAGGAGAGGUGCCUUCCUCCACCCAGGCCGCUUACGAUGGACUUUUAGCACUUUGGCAGUUUGAUAACUCUGAUUCAGAUACGAGCUUCUCCAGAUCCGAAGACAUGGAUGGAACCACUGAUGGCCUCUGCCAGGAUUCCAGCCUCGCCAAGAGGCUGACCUGUGGUUUCUGCAGGAGGGUUUUCCAGCAUGCUGAAGAGCUGAAGGAGCACAUCCAUGAACAUGCCUUCUCCAUGCUUUUCCCAUUGGACUUGGUUGACUGUCCCCGGCCGGGCCUCACUGACAGAGUGCUUCCCAAUCCGCUCUCCCGCUUCCAGUGCUCCCAGUGCCCUGCCACCUUCACUCUGAAAUCCAACAUGGAUCGGCACGAGAAGUCCAUCCACUUCCAUUUCAACGAGUUCACAGUCAUCAGGAAGAAGUUCAAGUGCCCCUACUGCAGUUUCUCAGCCAUGCACCAGUGCAUCCUGAAGAGACACAUGCGAUCCCACACGGGAGAGAGGCCCUAUCCCUGCGAGAUCUGCGGCAAGAAGUUCACGCGCCGGGAGCACAUGAAGCGGCACACGUUGGUCCACAGCAAAGACAAGAAGUACGUAUGCAAGGUGUGCAACCGAGUGUUCAUGUCCGCGGCCAGCGUGGGGAUAAAGCACGGCUCCCGCCGCCACGGCGUCUGUGCCGACUGCUCUGGCCGAGGCAUAGCCGCUCACCUGGACCACAACGGGGGAGAAGGCUCUCCAGACGAGUGCUACCCCGGCGAAGGGCAGUACAUGGAAGACCCGGACGACAUCAAAGUGGAAGGAGACGAGGAGAUGGGAGACGACGACGACAUCAAGUGGAAGGACGACGUGGGAAUGUCGCAGGAUGAUGUGAUUUUAGAUGACGACAAGGACGUCGACUCUCCGCAGGAGCAGGACCACUCUGGGGAGAACGACAAGGAUUUUACCUGGAUUUCUUAGGGAUUCCUUUGUUUGUUUGGGGUUUUCUUUUUUGUUCCGCUCUCUUGUUUGUAGGGGGAGGGAGGGUGGGAAGGAAGGAGUGUGUCGGAAAAGAAACUUAAGUAGCCUUGUUGUCGUCCAUGUGUGCAAAAUAACUCUCGUGUUUUCUAAACCGGUCCUUCUCUGUCCCGCUCUGAUACUGUCUUAGCAGGGUCACUCCCAGUGGCACCACUGACUUUGCCUUCCCCCUUCUCCCUCCACCACCAGCCCCGGCCGCAGCCGUCGGGUUGAUGAGGUUGAGGGUGCGAGCACUGCGUGAUGGGAGCCUGGGUGAAGCACGAGUCCUCCUUCCCUUCCCACCCUGACCCUGUGUGGGGAGAGCUCUGUGUCCAAAGCAGGUUGUUUUCGUGGUGGUUGGGUUUUUGUUUCUUUCCUCUAUUCUGUUUAACACCUUGUCUGUGUGCUGAAUCCCAGCAGCAGUGGGAUUACAAGCUGGUGUUGGGAAAGCAGGUUGAUGGAUGUGUUGGAGGGCUUCCCUUGGUGAUACAGGCCUUUUGGCAAAGGUGUUGGAAGAGAGUUUUAAUUGUUUUUUAUGGAGCCAAAUAGAUCAAAAGGCAAGUCAGA